AUGGACAGCAGCAUAUUUAAUAUUAUUAUAGAUGAAUUUGAUGUAAAUUGCAGCCUUUUAGAUGCUUUGUCGGAUACUUUUUUGAACACUGCAUCAUCUUCUCUUCUGGGGUUUGAUGGUCCUUAUUGCAGUGCCACUAUUGACCAGAUAGGUACCUGCUGGCCACAAAGUUUACCUGGAGAAUUGGUGGAGAGACCCUGUCCAGAAUUAUUUAAUGGGAUCAGAUACAACACCACCAGAAAUGUUUAUAGAGAAUGUCUUGAAAAUGGAACCUGGGCGUCCAGGAUGAAUUAUUCACACUGUGUACCUAUUUUGGAUAACAAGCAAAGGAAGUAUGCACUGCAUUACAAGAUUGCUCUCAUCAUAAACUACCUGGGGCAUUGUAUAUCGGUUUUGGCAUUGAUUAUUGCCUUUUUGCUUUUUUUGUGCUUAAGGAGCAUACGAUGCCUUAGAAAUAUAAUCCACUGGAAUCUAAUCACCACCUUCAUCCUAAGGAAUAUCAUGUGGUUCCUUCUGCAAAUGAUUGAUCACAACAUUCAUGAAAGCAAUGAGGCUUGGUGUCGCUGUAUCACAACUAUCUACAAUUAUUUUGUGGUAACCAAUUUCUUCUGGAUGUUUGUGGAAGGAUGUUACCUACAUACCGCUAUAGUGAUGACCUACUCCACGGACAAACUGAGGAAAUGGGUGUUUCUUUUUAUAGGAUGGUGUAUACCGUGUCCAAUAAUAAUUGCCUGGGCAAUUGGAAAACUCUGCUGUGAAAAUGAGCAGUGCUGGUUUGGAAAGGAACCAGGAAAAUAUAUAGAUUACAUUUACCAAGGUCCAGUUAUUCUUGUUCUGCUUAUAAAUUUUGUAUUUUUAUUCAACAUUGUACGAAUUUUAAUGACAAAAUUGAGAGCUUCAACAACCUCUGAAACUAUACAGUAUAGGAAGGCUGUAAAGGCGACAUUAGUGCUACUCCCACUACUGGGCAUUACGUAUAUGCUGUUCUUUGUGAAUCCUGGAGAAGAUGACGUCUCUCAGAUUGUUUUUAUUUAUUUUAAUUCAUUCCUGCAGUCAUUUCAGGGUUUCUUUGUGUCUGUAUUUUACUGUUUUCUGAAUGGGGAGGUUCGCUCAGCUGCAAGGAAGAGAUGGCAUCGAUGGCAGGACCACCACUCUCUUCGUGUCCGGGUUGCCAGGGCAAUGUCUAUACCAACGUCGCCAACAAGAAUCAGUUUUCACAGUAUAAAGCAGACAGCAGCCGUCUGA